AUGUCUAGUACCUCUCUUCUUCUGAUUUCAUCCCUCUUUCUGGCUUCUUGGUUUUGCGCAACUGAAGCGCAAAGCACUAUUCCUAUAGUGAAUGGUCUGUCAUGGACAUUCUACAAGUCUAGCUGUCCUAAGGUUGAAUCCAUUAUAAGGAAAGAGCUUGAAAAAGUGUUCAAGAAGGAUAUCGGCCAAGCUGCUGGCUUGCUUCGUCUCCACUUCCAUGACUGCUUUGUUCAGGGAUGCGAUGGUUCCGUGCUGCUUGAUGGAUCAGCGAGUGGUCCAAGCGAGCAGGACGCACCUCCCAACCUGACUUUGAGAGCAAAGGCAUUUGAGAUCAUUGACGACCUACGCGAGCGGGUGCACAAGGCUUGCGGCCGUGUCGUUUCUUGUUCUGAUAUUCUUGCAAUUGCAGCCCGUGACUCUGUUUUCCUGUCUGGGGGUCCAGAUUAUGUCAUUCCCCUGGGAAGGCGAGACGGUCUGAACUUCGCAACACGAAAUGAAACGUUGAACAACCUGCCUCCACCCUUUGCUAACGCCGACACCAUUCUCUCAUCCCUCGCCACCAAAAAUUUUGAUGCCACCGACGUGGUAGCCCUCUCCGGCGGCCAUACCAUUGGUAUUAGUCACUGCAGCUCUUUCACUGACCGCCUCUAUCCGACCCAAGAUCCCACCAUGGACAAAACCUUUGCCAACAAUCUCAAGGGAGUUUGCCCUAGAAGUGAUUCCAACAACACUACCGUGUUGGAUAUUAGGACCCCUAAUAAAUUUGACAACAAGUACUAUGUGGAUCUGAUGAACCGCCAAGGCCUGUUUACCUCAGACCAGGACCUGUACACGAACAAGAAGACAAGGGGCAUUGUCACUAGCUUUGCUGUUAAUCAAACUUUGUUCUUUGAGAAGUUUGUGCUUGCAAUGAUCAAAAUGUCGCAGCUGAAAGUAGUGACUGGAAAUCAAGGAGAAAUUCGCUCCCGUUGCUCGGUAAGAAAUUCAGGCUACAGCUACUUGGGGUCUGUGGUGGAAGAGGGUUUCGAGACACUGUCGGAAUUAAUUUAA